AUGAAGGAUGAUGCAGCUCGUCUCAAGAAAUACUACGAAGGGUUGGUGAAAACGCACAAGCGAUUAAAUAAGAAGGUAAUGACGGGUGCAAAGGUACAGAAUUACGCAGAAAUAAAGCAAAAUCUGGACCGGUUGGAACACGAAAUUAAGGCGUUUCAGGAUGCAUACGGCAGCUUUAUUAAGGCGCAAAACAACAAUUUUGGUGAGUUCUCAGAAGAAAUGUAUCGCACUGCACAUUUUCAGCCCAGGCAAAAUGCAGAUAUACCCAACUAUGGUAACUUCAACGUGCAAGACCGAGCGGGCCAGCCGUUUCCGCCAAAAACUAACACGGAGGAGAAUUCAGAAGGACUUAUCGGUGCUCCAAUAGAAGAAAAAAUGGAUUUUUCUUGCGAUCCCAGUAUCAAAUACGAUCCCAGUUCCUUUGAUUUUCAGACAAUGCCCUUCAUGUACGGUUCCUCAGCUCCUCUUCUUUACAACACUUACAAAGGAUUCCCUAAAACAAUCACUCCGCGGUCUAACAUGAACUAUCAGCCGAAUUAUGCUCCUCCAAUGGCAUCGCCUGCCAUGUUUGAGCAAUCCGUGGCUCGGAUACCCUCUAAGUCGGAGUACUCGCCAAUGCUUGGUGCGUACACGUCGGGGAUCAAACGGCCCAAUUUUUCCCUCAAUCCUCAGCCAACAAAUCCUGUUACUCCGCAAAAUUACAGUUUGGGCGCAUAUCCAACCAAAUCACCAUAUCCCGGUUACCGUCCCAACAUAAAAUCGGUGAUGCAAGCACCAAAAAGCUAUCAACCGCCAUCUUUAGGAUUCAAAAACACCGCACAAAAGACCGUUGAACCGAUGUACGCCCCCUAUCAAUAUUCGCCAGUCAUAGGAAAUAACAGUUUGCUGCAGCCCAAAAGGGCAGAUUACCAUCGCAACAUGAAGGUUGAUAUCAGUCCCACGCUGAUCAGCACAACGCCUUCACAACCGGCAUCGGGAGAGGGCAGCAUGACACCAACUGGCGAAGCUUCAUCCGUUUACAAAGCGGUAGAUCCCCACUUCUUGCUGGCUGGCCACAGAAUACCGAAUGCUGAUGAGAUGUGCGUGAAUGCCAAGAAGUUUAGGACAAGUGAAUGGUCUACAAACAUCGAGUACUUCAUGAAAAGAUGGAAUUUGAAGUUUGAGCUGACGGAUGCGGUGAAGAACCAGAUUCUGGAUAGCUGCGAUCACUUUUUUGCGCAACUUUGCAAAAAAAGUAUUAAUUUGGCGAAGGGCUCGGCAGAUAGAGCAGUCAAGAGGAUGCAUAUUGAAUAUGCGUUUUACGAAUUGGAGAAUUACCUGCUUCCUGAUUCGUCUCUUGUAAUGAAGAACAGAACACCGAAUAAAAAGCGGAUGGCGGUUCAUCAUGGCCACGGCAGUAAAUAGUAGCGCAUUUUGUGUUGAAUUUUACAAUAUGCUUUGGUUCAAUCCGUAGUUUGGGGACCUGUGUGAUUAAAACGGAUGGUAAAUGUGUUGGUAAGUAAGUUUGGCAGUGUACUGAGUCAUACUUUAGAUUAAAAAGAACAUCAAGCA